GGAACUGUCCUGAGGUUCAUAUUGAUCGACUCUGUGCCAAUAAAGUUUAAUCAAGUUCCAGAAAAGUCCCAUCGUCAUGGAGACGUAUUGAUCAGGCAGAGUGAAGAACAUAGUGAUGGAUAAAAACGACCCGGUUCUGUCACUCCUGAAAUUCUGCUGACUCAGCGCGGCUCUCAGAAGGUCGGUCCAGUCUGGUUUCUGUUGGUUCAGUUUAGUCCAGUUUGAUCCGGUUUACACCGAUCCAGAAUUUUCUGAGUUACAGACAGGAAGCUGAUUGGCUGAGUGAUGCUAUGAAACAGAAAGGUGGUCGUUGAGGCGGACGGCGUGAACGGCGUGAACAGCGUGAACGGCGUGUUUAUUAAGAAGGUCUUUCCAGAACAACAGCUGACGUGGACUUAGAACUCUCACAAUUUAGGAACAUUCAUGAUCCAUGAGUCUAGACCUCAGUCCUCAUAGAUGUCCUCAGUCCUCAUAGAUGUCCUCAGUCCUCAUAGAUGUCCUCAGUCCUCAUAGAUGUCCUGUUCUCAUAGAUGUCCUCAGUCCUCAUAGAUGUCCUCAGUCCUCAUAGAUGUCCUGUUCUCAUAGAUGUCCUCAGUCCUCAUAGAUGUCCUCAGUCCUCAUAGAUGUCCUGUUCUCAUAGAUGUCCUCAGUCCUCAUAGAUGUCCUCAGUCCUCAUAGAUGUCCUCAGUCCUCAUAGAUGUCCAUGAGUGUAGACCUCAGUCCUCAUAGAUGUCCAUGAGUGUAGACCUCAGUCCUCAUAGAUGUCCUGGUCUCAUAGAUGUCCUCAGCCCUCGUAGAUGUCCUGUUCUCAUAGAUGUCCUCAGUCCUCAUAGAUGCUCGUCAGUCUGGACCUCAGUCCUCAUAGAUGUCCUCAGUCCUCAUAGAUGUCCUGUUCUCAUAGAUGUCCUCGUCCUCGUACCUUCUGCGUUUCUCUCCUCGCUCAUAAACUCGCCCGUUCAGCAGGAAGAGAGCGAACUCUCUCUAACAGAGUUUCAUCGGUCUGGUAUUCCAAGCAGCUGUUUUCAGUUUAAGCUCUGCAGGCAGCGAGUGAGGGAGGCGAAGGGGGAGAAAAGGGGGAGGAAAGGGGGAGGAAAGGGGGAGAGAGAUUGUUUAUAGAGAUCUUGUGGUGGUGGUGGGAGCAGAAACUGCUGCAGACCUGGUCCUGUUAGUCCUUUGCCUGUUUUCCCGAGGUGGGACCUCGUCCAGACCUCGAGGUUCUCGACUCUGUCUCUACUGAGGGCCGCGUCUUCUCCGUGGACCACAAUGCUUUGCUCUUUCUUUUUCAUGCAGGCGUUGUCUCCUUCGCUGUUCCUGCUGCUCUGCAGAGCGUCGGGAUCAGGAGGUUGUAGUCGUACUAAAUUAAGCGGUGGAUGGAUAUCCGUCCCUCCGUCCCUCCGUCCCUCCGUCCCUCCGUCCGUCCAGGAGGAGGCGCGCCGACAGCAGCAGCUGUUCUUCCAGCACAGGUUGUAAAUCAGUUUGGCUGCUUCCCACCGAGUUUGUCCUGUAACCGUGGACGACUGGGGGACUCGUGUCUCCUGACAGACGCAUGUCAUCUCAACACACUGUACCUGCAGACACGUGUGACCUCCUCCAUCUGAACCAGUGAGACGGUGACCAGCUUUAAUGGUUUCCAGUUUCAUAUUUCAUCUUUAGGUUUAUGCUGAAAUACGACUUUAUCCUCCUGAUGGUGAAAAACAAAGAUUGACAGCCGAUUGAUCGAUGACUGGUUUAUCGUGGUGUAUCUGUAAGUGAAGACGGUCGGUCCUGCGGUCAGAUUCUGCUUCAGUUUGGAUCUGGUGUCUGUCUGUAAAUCUGAGGAAAGUUCUCCGUCUUUCGUUCUUCUCUCAGACUUUUGUCUCUUUUGUGAUUUUGUUUUUUUUCAGGUUGGUUGAAAAGUCGUCGGGAUGUUAAACUUGUUUAGUCUGCGGAGUUUGACCUCUGACCCCUGUACUCUCAGUUUGUCUCUCUGGUUUCUUGAAUUCUCCGUUUAUUUCUGAUCUUUCUUUUUCGUGUCGAAGGUUCGAGUUUUUAACGAAGUUUUAAUCGUCGGUUCGUCAGUUUGAUGAUGUUCCCAUGAGAUCAGGCUGAUGGUCGUCAUGGCGAUGAGAACUUCACCUCUGGAUGCCCCCAGUUUCCCCAGUUACCCUCAUAAACCAAUCACGCUGGUUAAGGAGUCACAAUGUUCCUCGGAGCGGCUGAUUGGAUUAGAGCCGAGGAAGGGCCCGAGUCGUCUGAAGAGCCUCUUUAUCUGAACCGGGUUUUUGGAUCGGACCCUCAGAACAUUCAGCGCCGACUCCUGACGGAGCAGAUCUGACGGUUUUUGACUUUUUAUCCACCUUCGCUGUAAAACGAUGAACGAAUCUUCUGGGCCGGCCCGUGUCAGCGGCGGUUUGAAGCCUUGUGCUCCUCAGACACGAGACGCUCUUUAGCGUCGGCGGGAUUCCCCUGAAUCAGCUGAUCGGAGGAAGAUAAGGUUUCUUUGUAUGCCGAGUUCAUCACUUGAUGUUCGCAGGUUUGGCUUCGCUCUGGUUCUGUAAAUUUCUGGGAUCUGAUGAUGAAUGGCAGCGUGUCAGUUGGCAGCGCCACACCUCACGCUCUCCUUGGCGCGGUACCAAAUCCCUGUAAAUGCGCCUGACUUCUCCGCUCCGAACGAGAGCGUGGACAUGAGGAAAAAGGAUCUGAUCAACCUUAUAUGAUGGCGAAGAGGCCGUGGAGCCUUUGUUGGGUCUGAACGCUGGCUUUUGGAAAUCCCUGGAGCAGCUUUAGGGGCAGGUCUGAUUCUCGUGUGAAACGGGACGGCUCUAUAGCUCUCGGCUGACUUGACUGGGGCUGUAUGGGUGCGUUGGCAGGGGGAGCGCCGGUCAUGAAUGGGGUCUUUGACUACCUCAGACUCGCCCUGAAAGGGAGGACAAAGAGCGAGGGCAGCGGCUUAGAGCCUCACAGCUGAGCUGCAGAAAGCUUGGCCGAGUCUUCCUCCCUCCUCGCCUGAUUUAAAUACUACGCCGGCGUUCAGCAUUCAGCCACCGAGGCUCGCAUUCAGCACGCCACAUUUACCUUCAACUCCUCUCUGUUUGUGUUUACGCCACGAUAAUGCCGGGCCGCUGACGUAACCGUGAGCGGAGCCGUGAACAUGAACGUGGUCGUUUUAAGAAGACGGGAUCAGGCUAACUGCUGGCAUGUUUGUGUCCGCGCUCAUUACAGCUCCACGCCAGCCUUUAAAUGAUGUGACGUUUGACACACACACACACACACACACACACACACACACACUCACACACACACACACACACACACACACACACACACACACACACACACACACACACACACACACACACACACACACACACACACACACACACACACACCUCUCUUAUUUCGGACUCUUCAGUUCGGAGCUGAAAAGCCGUAAAUCUUCGUCUCGGCAGAGUUAACGGGUCCAGACACUCUCUCCCCACUGAGUGUCUAGUUUCAGAUGUCACUCAGAGCUUUGUUUGCCCCCCGGGGUGAAGGGUCGGAGGUCAAGGUUCAGGGCCAGUUGGCUGAGUGGCCACAAAAGCUCAGGCUAUCCCUCCGCACAUCCGAUCGCCGCGUCCGCUCCCGCCCGCCGCUGUGACGGAGGGAUCAACAUUUGUGGUAUUUGACGGUCAGAACGAGACGCCGAGUUUCACUUUAACUUUUUAUUUUUUAUUUUUUCCAUUUUCAGUGAAAAGUGUAAAAAUCGUCACUUUGAUCGUUUCCAAAAGUCUGAAUUAAACCGUUUCCUUUGUUUGAAACACCUCCCAAACUUCAGGCCUUUCACGACCUUUCCCCCGUCAGCCACCACCCACAAUCUCAGCUUUCCUCCCUCCAGCAGCAGCAGCAGCACCACCCAAACAUGUCCUCCAGCCAGCUUUAUUAUGCUGCUUCACGCAGACCACAAUUGCAGCUGCAUGGAGAACAAUCUGGAGCACAUUAGCUCAGGCGCUGUGAUUUAUAAAUUGUUUCUCAGGCCAUAAAUCCCUGCUGUAAUUGUGCACAAGCAGCCCUCUCUCUGCAGGCCCUCCCUCCCCCUCUGCUCUCCCCCGUUCUCCCCCGUUCUCCCCCUCUCUGAGCAGCUUACAGUUCUGGGGUGAACUCUAAUUGUUUGCAGCAGUUUUCUCGUCGGACGGUGGAGGAGUUUGUCGUUUUGUGGGGCAGAUUUAAGGCGAGCAGAAAACUGGAGGAAAGAGAAACUUGUUGUCUGUAAACUCGCUCCGUCACGUGUUCCAGGAUCGAGCUCCAAAGUGGGACGUGAGCGCUCGGUCUGCAGCGUGGUUCAUGCUCCACAUUCCUGAAAACUGUGUAAUUGUACGGGGCCUCCUAAACUCCGUCCCUGGGAAUUUGAUAUUUACAGCAGCCCCAGAUCGUAAUCACCUCGCCGUCCUCGUUAGACUGAAGUGGAGCUGAAAGAUCGCAGCAGCUGGAUAUAUUCUUUAAAACGGCAGGUCGGCCCUGAGCGCCGUCCGCUUCAGAAUAAAAUCACUGAUCCAGACGGAAACAGAAAUCAGAGUUUCUGCUCUUUUCUGAACCUCUUCAUCCAGUCAUAGAGCCUGAAUCACACGUUCACCACAAACAAAGUUUGGGACGUGUGAGACGAUCACAGGAGGUAACCCUGAAGAGAUUUACGAGCGUGUCCGUCACAGAGGGAACGACUUUUACAAACGCUUCAGGUAGAAAAGAGCGUUGGCCAAACUCCAGACCGCCAACUCACAUACCCAACCCCACCAAUGGCAGGGCGGCGAGUUUUUCAUCCGAACUCACCGAAUAUUUUCUUUUUAAACAACGAAACCAGAAAUAAAGUUUGAGAGACGAUUUAAAAGUUUAUAUUUAUCUUUGUUCUCCGAUACGACGACUUUAGUUUCCGAUCGAGUUUCUCCAGACUCUGAAGGUCUCAUUUCAGCAGCAGGGUGUGUGUGUGUGUGUGUGUGUGUGUGUGUGUGUGUGUGUGUGUGUGUGUGUGUGUGUGUGUGUGUGUGUGUGCAUUUGGUCUGAGCGGGGGGGCAGUUGGUGAUCGGGAUGUCAGGUAGUAAAAUCUGAGAUGAGGCAGAGCUGAGAGCAAACACAGGAGGCAUCUGCAGGCAGCUGUGUGUGUGUGUGUGUGUGUGUGUGUGUGUGUGUGUGUGUGUGUGUGUGUGUGUGUGUGUGUUGGGGGUGGUGCUGCUCGGACAGGGUGGUGGGGGUGUAGCGGAGGAGGGGUGGACUUGCAGAAACACAAUCAGCCCUCUGUUUUCAUAAGACUUGUGGUAUGUGAGCGCAGAAACAAAUGUGUUUAAUUUAGACGUUUUUUCUCUCUCUCCCUCGCUCGCUCGCUCGCUCGCCCGCCGCCUGCUCGCCGCCCCCGCUGCACCCUCUCAUGCCCACCUCAGUUUUAAGAACUGACGCUCUGCCUCUGAGAUUUCUGGUGGCCUCCUCCGCUGCUGUCAGCUGCUUUUAGGAUGUUUAAAAAAAAACGUCUCACAAUCGGCCUCUGUGCUCGCCGCCGCCGUCAGAAACGCAGACGCUGUCGGAGGGUCGGGUAAAUAUUUUCUGAGGAGUUGGAGGUUAUUUUGGGGUCUUUGCAGAGAGUAAGCGUGCUGCGGUGUGAGGGUCCAUGCUGGACUUCUUCUGCCUCCUAAAGUCUUGGCAGGAAACGCCGUUUUAUAUCGGUAACCUCGCCGUCUCCAGCUCAGCUCUCACUCGGGUGUCAGCGGCGUUGUCUGGGACAUGUGAACACCUACGUUUUUACAGUAAACAUCCAGUGAGGUUCUGCUAACCGCCGGCGCUCUGGAGUUAAUUAGACGGACGUUUACGGCCGUGACUCUCAGUGAAACGAGGCGACUCCCCCGACCAUAAACAUCUGUGUUCCUGGACAAACAGGACGCAGAGGAGGACGGCGCUCUGACUCGGAGGUGCAGCUCGCCCUGACCUCCGAUCAGACUGACCGGAGGCCCGGCGCCCCGACCUGGUCCAAAACGGACCUGCAGGUUCAGAAAACCACAGAAGUGAGUUCAGAUAAUUGAGUCGAAGAGCUCGCCGCCCGCCCUCCCUCCCUCGCCGCUCUGAGUUUAUGAGACCCGCCCUCAUAAUCAUUUUCUCGUGUCUUUAAUUCGACGUUUAAACGACCUGCUGCUGCAGAAUUACUCACUUCUUCCAACUUUAACGUCUCCACCAUCUUAAAAAAAACAACAACAUUUGAGCGCCACCGCCACCGCACUCAGGGCCGGGAGACAGGAAGUAGUAACUCAGAAUCCUGUCAGAGAAAGGAAGAAGAAGAAAAUCGACCCUGAAACAGACGGACUGAAACACGGAGAAGAUUCAGGCCGACGUGUCGCCGUGACGACAGGACGACACGGCGACCUUCAGCUGCUUUUUACUAGAACAGGAAAUUUAAACCCCGCCCCCCCCCCCGCCCCCCCCCCCCCCCCCGCCCCCCCCCCCCCCCCCCCCCCCCCCCCCCCCGUCGUUCAGAGCUGCAGCCUGAGGGGCGGCCAUCUUGGAAAUCCUGGACCUCCCGUGUGCAGCGCCCCCCCCCCCCCUCUAAUAGUCCUUUUGUGUUCAGGCACAUGUAAAGAGGCCAAUGAGCCUGGCCUUAAUAGGCCCUGUUACCAUGGAAACCACAGCACUCUGGAUGUCUGACCUUUGACCCAGUUUUUUCACUGGCUGUGAAUAAGAGCGAGCGACAAUAACGGAGAGAGCGCCGCUGUCAGAGUCACUUAACCUCAUUGGUCCACGGGCUGAUGGACUCUUCAAAUGUGGACGCCAUUAGCAGGACGCCAUGUCCACGCAGGACGCCACGUCCACGCAGGACGCCACGUCCACGCAGGACGCCAAGUCCACGCAGGACGCCACGUCCACGCAGGACCGGCUCCACCUCUCCGGGUCCUUUAGAGGACGGUCUGAUGGACCAGGAGGGUCUGAGAGGUCGGAGGUGAAGAAACCUCGUCCCUCCGUCUCUCGCAGUUUUUAACCAUCUCUCUGUUCAGCUCCUCUCUGAUUGGUCACUUCCUCGCUCACUAAUCUGCUGACACGCUCGCCAUUCAGGAGGCUGUGCUGUGGCCCAGCAGUGCAUUGUGGGUCUGUUUCCCUGUCAAUUACACACUAAUUAGCAGAAUGACAGCGGAGUGUUGUCGGAGUAACAACCUUUAACAAUGAGAGGGGGCGGGGCCUAAUGAUCACGCCGUCUCUGUCCUGAAGCUUCAGUUCAGGUGUCGAAGACCCCGAGUCAGCAGGUGAUGGGGGGGGGGGGGGUGUUGUCUGUUCAUGUGGUAAUUAACACCUCAGAGGGGGGGGGGUGAAGGAAAACUGUGUGUGUGUGUGUGUGUGUGUGUGUGUGUGUGUGUGUGUGUGUGUGUGUGUGUGUGUGGGGGGGGUGAUUGACAUUAUCUGCUGCAGGAUCAUGAAGGAAUUCCUGCUGCUCCGCCUUUUCUCCACCCGAGUGUCUCUGUGUGCGAUUGACUCGGUCUGAUUGUUUGUGAUUGAUUAAAAAUCCUGACGAAGCCG